ACACUUUAUAUAUGAUUGUAUUAGAUUUUUACUUUUCCCCCACUUAAUCUGCUUGGAAUUGACUAGGCUUGACUGUAAGACAGCUUCUCAUACAAUGUCUGCAGUGCAGUCACAUAUCAAGCAGUGUGUCAAAUUAACAUUUUGUAACAUUAAAAUCUCCACUAAGUAGAAUGGCUUCCAUUUUGCAACACCCCAUCACAAUGCUUGCAGCAACCUGAACUGUUUAACAUGCACCAACAACAUAUUGUCAUUUUAGCACCUUGCUUGUUUUCUCACCUAUUAGUGUCACCACAAGACAGUCUUCAGAGAGAACUUUUACCAUCAACACGACACUGUUUUCAAAAGACCCUCUAUAAGAGAAGUAAUUCACACAUCGUGUCUUUGAUGUUUCGCCUCCGCUUCUUAAACAGUGUGUGCUUCAACACUAGACUCAGUAUAGGCGGUGCUAUAAGCUCUUGUACUGUUGCAACUCCUUGUUGUCACUGGGAGGUCAGUCCGAAAACGGCAACAGCAAGGGAGCAGGCAAGUCGGCAACACUCCACAAAGUUGAAUGUAAAAACCUGGACACAUUUCCUGUCUGGAAAUCCACGGGAUUACGUGAAUAUUGCUGCAGUUUGGAUAUGCGCAGCAAGUCCAGCAUUGUUUUGUAACGUGUCAGUCGAACUGGAUAUCUCGUGCACUUGGAACACUAGUGUUACUUUCAAGUUUUGAGAGCUUGCCUGCACAUGAUGUACACAAUCACAAGAGGUCCAAGCAAACUUGUUACACAACGGAGAACAGGUACAGCACAGCAGACCGAAAGCAAAAUAACGGACUUGAAACACAAACAGCCCCACUGGUUUACAACAAACUACCCUGCUCCAAAGAUUGUUUUCCACCGAUUAAACGGACAGAGGUACCACAAACCAUCUGUCGUAAAAGCUGUCCCACGUGAAGGCUUCACGCCCGCACAUGAAGAGAAUGUUAAAUUUGCCUUGGAAGCCUGGAAGGAGGUGGAGCAGAGCAUGGGAGCCAGCCGUCGCCCAGAGACCAGCAGAGGACCUGUCCAGUACACAGAGAAGACCCCCAGCCCAGUCAUGAGCAACUUUGUGCCCAUUGACCUGGAGGAGUGGUGGGCCCAGCGCUUCCUGGCCAACAUCGGCAACCUGUCAUGACGGAGCCCCCGCCAAAGGAGGAGGUGAAGCAAGAGCCCAGGGACCUGACUGAGCUGCGGCCUGGAGAAGGGGCCUGGUUUACCUGAUGGGAGCUCAAAAGAACAGGAACCACAAAAGACUGAGAGACAGAAACCAAGAGAAUCUCUGGCUAGAGCCGUGUGUGAUGGACUUUUAGACUCCUGCCUCACCACCUCUCCAGACUGACCUUCUGACCUUGUCUGGCUGUCUGGUCGGUCGGUGUGCAUGGGAUUUCCUGGUUCGAACUUCACCAUUACCCUGUUUUUCUACAAGCCCCCCUGCCCCCCCGCUCAGGGCUCACUGCCCAACCUGUGCACCGAAGUGAAUUGAGA